AUGGAAGUCGGCACAGAGAUCAGCCAGAAAAUACGCUCUGCCAUCAAAGCAAAACUUGUGGAACUUGGUGCUUAUGUUGACGAUGAACUGCCCGAUUAUAUCAUGGUGAUGGUUGCAAAUAAACGAAGCCGGGCCCAGAUGAGGAAAGAUCUGGGUUUGUUUUUGGGGACAAAUACAGUUUCUUUUACAGAAUGGCUUCAUCGUCUUCUAGCAAAGCUGCAGACUAUUAGAAGUCAAAGUGAUUUAGAUAAAUCAGCAGGAAAGCAGGUAAAAGGAGGAAAAUUAAAAGCUGAAGGAGAUAAACAGAAAGGGGAGACGCAGACUGUUGGCCUUAAUUCCCCCACAAAUCAAGAAAACAUCCAUAGUGCCGAGGCUUGUCUAGAAAAAACACAGGCAGAUAUCGAUAGUGGUGAAGGAAAUAAGUACACAGAUGCAAGUGACAGUAGAGAAACUGGUAGUUCUUCUACCAAGCAAAGUUUGAAAUCUGAAUGUGAUGACAACGUCAGACAGGAUAUAUUAACGGAUACAUCCCCAAGGGAUGCUGUGUCCGAGGGAGAAGCAAUGGAGGCUGAAGUUGUAAAUGCACGACGUCUAAGUAUAGAAUCAAAAAUAUCAAGUGCCUCACAUAGCCCAGGUCAUGGCCAGUCAUAUUCUGUCAGUAGAAAACGCAAAAUUCAGUCAGAAUUAGCAGAUGUUGGAAAAGAAAGUGAUGCAUUCCAUACUCACAACCCAGCAUUUGACAAUACUGCAAAUGAGCUUACUGCAGACGCAUCUUCGUCGUUGCAAGUGACCAGGAACGUAUGUGACGGUGAUCCGGAGGGAACGACCCAUGAUCAUGAUGCAGAGCUUCCAGAUCACGAUGGGCAGCCUCCACAGAAAGUCAUCAGAUUGGCAGAGUCUCUGCAGCUGGAGGAUAUCAAGCAAGCCUUAGCUGAAGUCUUAGACAAGAGGACAGAACAGAACGAUGACAUUGCUCAUUUUUCUAGAAUGUUGGAGUCAUCUUUAAGAAAAUUACGACCACGGAUUUUAUCAUUGGCGAAAAUUCGAAUUCAGGAGAUUUUGUAUGAGUUUGAAACUCUGGCAUUUCAAGAAGAAAAUCUGGUGGGAAAUCAGCAAAAUGCUAACAGGACAAAGCAGGCAUCUUGUUUAAGUAAUGAUUCAGAGAUUGAUAGUUUUGGUAAAUGUUCAAAGUCUUUAUUGGUAGACUCAGGAUCUGAUGGUUCAAGGAACUUGUUAGAAGAUAAACAUGCUUCUUGUGUUAGUUCACAAACAAAUCCUAACCUGCUAGAGAAGGAAAUACAUGAUUCCAAUUAUCUGCUAGAUAAUGUUGACAACUGUCGGCCAAAGAUCAACUCAGGUAAAUUAGAUAACCAUUUGACAGUAACUCGUGAAUACUCCACUGCUGACACCAGGGUGAAUUCGCAGCCCCGUGAAUCUCUUGCAAAGUCACAGAAAUCCACAGGUAAAUCUGCAAAACAUUCUUCAAAAGAAUAUGACACUGUGGUUAAAUUUGGAGACAAAGAACGUACCGCAGGGAAACUCCAAGAUCAAUCUCAAUCUCCUGGCUCAUUAGGCAAAGCUGACAUUGGUUCUCCAAGUUCAGUCCAUUCGUGUCCACUCACCGGCACUCUGAGCCUUCGGAUCAAAAGAAAUGUUUCAACUGCUUCACAAGAAUCACCCACUUCCCCUGUAGAUCUUCAGUCCAAGCCUUGUUCUUCACACGCUGGCAGGAGCAAACACACUUCAGCUAAAAAUAAGAUCUUGCCUUCCAUUUUAGUGGAUUCUAUUCACACUCGGAAAAGGUCUGAAACUUUGGAGCCUGCCUCAGUUCUGCGGCAGGGUGGGAAUAAAGACAGAUCGCCUAGACCUGUAGAUGCCUCGAAGCAGGAUGUCCAGGACUCCCCCAAGCUCUAUGGGCCUGAGGCAUUAAAAGUCAUGGCCAAAAAUCUGAGGAUUACUGUAAUAAACAAACAGGCAGUGAAGUCAUCUCAGGAGUCUAGUUCCGAGGAUUCUGAUGAUGAAGAGGAUGAUGAUAGUUCAGAUAAUGAUGACGAAGAAGAGGAAGAGGAUGCAAGAGUAAACAACAGCAGCAUUGCAAAAGUGAAAGCUGGUUCGGCAACACAGAAGAAGAAAGCCAGUUCUGUGCACUCUUCAGCAUAG